GGUGCCUGGGAGGCAGUGCGCUCCAGCCGCCCGUGCGAGGGCGCAUCCCUCCUAUCCUGGCCAUGGCCGAAUGUCCCCGCAGCAGGAGCAGCUGCUCCCGGGCUUCUUGCCCGUCUCCCUGAGCGCUCUCCCUUUUCUACCUCUGGAAAACCCUGCGUUCUUUCUGGGGCCCUGGCGAAGGGACGGAGCGGCGAGCCAGGAUGCGCUGAGAACCGCCGGGGCGCGCGUCUCGGGUGCCGCCGUGGGUCCGGGCGCAGAAGCCGAGCUGCCUCUGGCUGCCCCGACUUCCCCACUGCGCGCCUGCCGCCCCCCGCCGCAUUUGAUGUGCAGAGAGAAGCCGGACACCAUGAUCCUAACACAAAUUGAAGCCAAAGAGGCUUGUGAUUGGCUACGGGCAACAGGUUUCCCCCAAUAUGCACAGCUUUAUGAAGAUCUCCUGUUCCCCAUUGAUAUUUCCUUGGUCAAGAAGGAGCAUGAUUUUUUAGACAGAGAUGCCAUUGAGGCUUUAUGCAGGCGUCUAAACACUUUAAAUAAAUGUGCGAUGAUGAAGCUGGAAAUUAGUCCUCAUCGGAAAAGAAGUGAGGAUUCCGACGAGGACGAGCCUUGUGCAAUAAGUGGCAAAUGGACUUUCCAGAGGGACAGCAAGAGGUGGUCCCGGCUUGAAGAGUUCGAUGUCUUUUUUCCAAAGCAGGACCCAGUCCCUGGGUCCCCAGACGAUCCCCACCUGAAGAACGCGGCGAGCCACGAAAGCAUGCUGACGGACCUCAGCGAGCGUCAGGAGGUGGCUUCCGUCCGCAGCCUCAGCAGCACCAGCAGCCUCCCCACCCAUGCGCCCCACAGCGGGGACGCUGCCACACCCCGGACUAACUCCGUCCUUAGCGUCUGCUCCUCCGGCAACUUGGUAGGCAACGACGACUCUUUCUGCAGCUUGCCCUCUCCCAAGGAAGUGUCCACCUUCAGCUUUAGCGUGAAAGGCCACGAGAAGAACACCAAGUCCAAGACGCACAGUCUGCUGAAACGCAUGGAGAGCCUAAGGCUCAAAGGCUCCCACCACAGCAAGCACAAGGCGCCGUCCAAGCUGGGGCUGCUCAUCAGCGGGCCCGUCCUUCAAGAGGGAAUGGACGAGGAGAAGCUAAAGCGGCUGAACUGCGUGGAGAUCUCCGCCCUCAACGGCAACCACAUCAACGUCCCCAUGGUACGAAAGAGGAGCGUCUCCAACUCCACGCAGACCAGCAGUAGCAGCAGCCAGUCUGAGACCAGCAGCGCUGUCAGCACGCCCAGUCCCGUCACCAGGACGCGGAGCCUCAGUGCCUGCAACAAGCGGGUAGGCAUGUACCUGGAGGGCUUUGAUCCGUUCAAUCAGUCGACGUUCAACAGCGUUAUGGAACAGAACUUUAAAAACCGCGAGAGCUACCCGGAGGACACAGUGUUCUACAUCCCAGAAGAUCACAAGCCUGGCACUUUCCCCAAGGCCCUCUCCAAUGGCAGUUUCUCUCCCUCAGGGAAUAACAGCUCUGUGAACUGGAGGACUGGAAGCUUCCAUGGCCCCGGCCAUAUCAGUCUGAGGAGGGAAAACAGCAGCGACAGCCCCAAGGAACUUAAGAGACGCAAUUCCUCCAGCUCCAUGAGCAGCCGCCUGAGUAUCUACGACAACGUGCCAGGCUCCGUCCUCUAUUCCAGUUCAGGUGAUCUGGCUGACCUGGAGAACGAGGACAUCUUCCCCGAGCUAGACGACAUCCUCUACCACGUGAAGGGGAUGCAGAGGAUAGUCAACCAGUGGUCCGAGAAGUUUUCAGACGAGGGAGACUCUGACUCAGCCCUGGACUCGGUCUCUCCGUGCCCAUCCUCUCCCAAACAGAUACACCUGGAUGUGGACAAUGACCGAGCCACACCCAGUGACCUGGACAGCACAGGCAACUCACUAAAUGAACCUGAAGAACCUGCCGACAUCCCAGAAAGGAGGGAUUCUGGGGUUGGGGCCUCCCUGACAAGGUCCAAUAGGCACAGACUGAGAUGGCACAGCUUCCAGAGCUCUCAUCGGCCAAGCCUGAACUCUGUAUCACUGCAGAUUAACUGCCAAUCCGUGGCCCAGAUGAACCUGCUGCAGAAAUACUCACUCCUGAAGCUAACUGCCCUGCUGGAGAAAUACACGCCUUCUAAUAAGCAUGGUUUUAGCUGGGCUGUGCCCAAGUUCAUGAAAAGGAUCAAGGUUCCAGACUACAAGGACCGGAAUGUGUUUGGGGUCCCUCUGACAAUCAACGUGCAGCGCACAGGACAGCCCCUGCCCCAGAGCAUUCAGCAAGCCAUGCGCUACCUCCGCAACCAUUGUUUGGAUCAGGUGGGGCUCUUCAGAAAAUCGGGUGUCAAAUCCCGGAUUCAGGCUCUGCGCCAGAUGAAUGAAAGUGGCAUAGACUGUGUCAACUAUGAGGGACAGUCCGCGUAUGACGUGGCAGACAUGCUGAAGCAGUAUUUUCGAGAUCUUCCUGAGCCACUAAUGACGAACAAACUCUCAGAAACCUUUCUACAGAUCUACCAAUAUGUGCCCAAGGACCAGCGCCUCCAGGCCAUCAAGGCCGCCAUUAUGCUCCUGCCUGAUGAGAACCGGGAGGUUCUACAGACGCUCCUUUAUUUCUUGAGCGAUGUCACAGCAGCUGUAAAAGAAAACCAGAUGACUCCCACCAACCUGGCUGUGUGCUUGGCGCCUUCUCUCUUCCACCUCAACACCCUGAAGAGAGAAAAUUCUUCUCCAAGGGUAAUGCAGAGAAAACAAAGUUUGGGCAAACCAGAUCAGAAAGAUUUGAAUGAAAACCUCGCUGCCACUCAAGGGCUGGCCCACAUGAUUGCUGAGUGCAAGAAGCUUUUCCAGGUUCCUGAGGAAAUGAGCCGAUGUCGAAAUUCCUACACCGAACAAGAGCUGAAGCCUCUCACUCUGGAAGCGUUGGGACGUCUUUGUAAUGACGACUCGGCUGACUACCAACACUUCCUCCAGGACUGUGUGGACAGCCUGUUUAAAGAGGUCAAAGAGAAGUUUAAAGGCUGGGUCAGCUACUCUACGUCUGAGCAGGCUGAGCUGUCCUAUAAGAAGGUGAGUGAAGGACCCCCUCUAAGGCUCUGGAGGUCAACCAUCGAGGUCCCUGCCAUGCCUGAGGAAAUCUUAAAGCGCCUACUUAAAGAGCAGCACCUUUGGGAUGUAGACCUGUUGGAUUCAAAAGUGAUUGAAAUCCUGGACAGCCAAACUGAAAUUUACCAGUAUGUCCAAAACAGCAUGGCACCCCAUCCUGCUCGGGACUACGUGGUUUUGAGGACAUGGAGGACCAAUUUACCCAAGGGGGCGUGUGCCCUUUUACUCACAUCCGUGGAUCAUGACCGGGCGCCUGUGGUGGGAGUGAGGGUCAAUGUGCUCCUGUCCAGGUAUCUGAUUGAACCCUGCGGGUCCGGGAAAUCCAAACUCACCUACAUGUGCAGAGCUGACUUAAGGGGCCACAUGCCAGAGUGGUACACAAAAUCUUUUGGACAUCUGUGUGCGGCUGAAGUUGUGAAGAUCCGAGACUCUUUCUGUAAUCAGAACACUGAAACCAAAGACAACAAAUCUAGGUGAUUCUUGAAGCAAAGCAACUGUGUCCACCAUCUGGGCGUUUGGUUCCAGAACCCUCACCGAUCCUUGGAAGAUUGGGUUUUGCGUCUAAUCCUGAAACAAAGAAAACUACAAGUUGGAGUGUAGGCAUUGACUAGAGUGAUAUGAUACAUUUUUAAAGCUGCUUCCUGUUUGUUUAAGGUCUGUAUUAUAGACCUUGACUGGAAUAUAUAAGACUGUGCAAAAAAA